GGCCGGGCCCGGGCGGCCGCGGGUGCCCGGCCGCCGGCCCAUGGGCGGCGGCGGUGGCUCGCAGGCGCCUCCUCCUCCUCCUCCCGCCGCAGACCCGGGCUGCGGGGACCGGCGGCAGCAGCAGCAGCUCCGGUGUCGCGCCGGCCGCAUGGCGGGCUACGCGCCGCGCCUGCCCUGGCUGCUGCCGCUGCUGCGGCGGGCGGCGCCGCCCCCCUGGGCUCGGGCGGCCGCCGGGGCCACCGCGCUCCGCGUCCCGCCGCGGCCGCUCGGCAGGUGCGGGGCGCUCCUGCCGCCGCUGCUGCUGCCGCUGGGCUCCCCGUCCUGCCGCCGCCUCCUUCUGCCCGUCCCAGCGCGCUCGCUGAGCACCGCGGCGGGCACGGAGCCGCCGGGGAGGGCUCCGGGCCCCCCGCCGCGCUUCGAGGCUCGGAGGCUGCUGGCCCUGGCGCGCCCCGAGCGCUGGAGACUGACAGCUGCUGUUGGCUUUCUGGCAGUUUCCAGUGUCAUAACCAUGUCAGCCCCUUUCUUCAUGGGCAAAGUUAUUGACAUUAUUUAUACAAAUCCCAGUGAGGAUUUCACUGACAGCCUGACCAGCCUGUGUGCCUUGCUGAGUGGAAUCUUUUUAUGUGGUGGUGCUGCUAAUGCUACUCGUGUCUACCUCAUGCAGACUGCAGGACAAAGAAUUGUGAACCGUUUGAGAGCAACCAUGUUCUCCUCUAUUCUGAAGCAAGAAACAGCUUUCUUUGACAAGACCAGAACAGGAGAGCUGAUAAACCGCUUAUCUUCAGAUACAGCCCUCUUGGGCCGUUCAGUGACCGAAAACCUUUCAGAUGGGCUCAGAGCAGGAGCACAAGCAUCUGUUGGGGUUGCAAUGAUGUUUUUUGUGUCUCCUAGCCUUGCUGCAUUUGUUCUGAGUGUUGUGCCACCCUUGGCAGUCCUGGCUGUGAUUUAUGGAAGAUACUUGCGAAAACUUACAAAAGUGACCCAAGAUUCUCUUGCAGAAGCAACACAGUUAGCUGAAGAGCGUAUUGGAAACAUAAGAACAGUUCGAGCUUUUGGGCAAGAAGUGGCUGAAAUGGAGAAGUAUACAAAUAAAGUUGAUUAUGUGCUACAACUGGCUAAAAAAGAGGCACUAGUUCGGGCAGGAUUCUUUGGAGCAACUGGUCUUUCUGGAAAUUUAAUUGUCCUCUCAGUCUUAUACAAAGGAGGAUUACUAAUGGGCAAUGCCUACAUGACAGUUGGUGAACUCUCAUCUUUCCUAAUGUAUGCUUUCUGGGUUGGAAUAAGCAUUGGAGGUCUAAGUUCCUUUUAUUCUGAGCUAAUGAAAGGACUAGGUGCUGGUGGACGUCUUUGGGAACUUAUUGAAAGGAAGCCCCAACUUCCAUUUGAUGAGGGAAUCACUUUAGGCAAAGACACAUUCAGAGGUGCUUUGGAAUUCAAAGAUGUUGAGUUUGCAUAUCCAACACGUCCAGAAACAUCAAUUUUCAAAGAUUUUAGCCUUUCCAUUCCAGCUGGCUCUGUUAUGGCUCUGGUUGGCCCAAGUGGUACAGGGAAAUCAACUAUUGUAUCCCUUCUGCUGCGGCUGUAUGAUCCUAUCUCAGGUACUAUCACCGUUGAUGGCUGUGAUAUCCGCCAGUUAAAUCCACUGUGGCUCAGGACAAAGAUUGGAACAGUAAGUCAGGAACCAAUUCUCUUCUCCUGUUCUAUUGCUGAAAAUAUUGCCUAUGGUGCAGAGGAUCCUUCCACUGUGACUGCAGAGGAGAUUCAGAAAGUUGCUGAAAUAGCUAAUGCUGCUAGUUUUAUCAGAGGUUUUCCAAAAGGGUUUGACACUGUAGUUGGAGAAAAAGGCAUUUUGCUUUCAGGUGGACAGAAGCAACGAAUUGCAAUUGCUCGAGCUCUGCUCAAGAAUCCUAAAAUUCUUCUGUUAGAUGAAGCAACAAGUGCUUUGGAUGCUGAAAAUGAAUAUCUAGUGCAAGAAGCUCUGGACCGCCUGAUGGAAGGGAGGACAGUCCUAAUUAUUGCUCAUCGUCUGUCUACUAUUCAAAAUGCUGAUUUUGUUGCAGUCCUUGGCCAGGGUAAAAUUCUUGAAUGCGGAAAACAUGAGGAACUACUUGCAAAUCCAAAUGGACUUUUCAGGAAACUAAUGCAGAAACAAGCUUUUCUUCAGAACAGUGAUACUUUUGCAUUAGAUUUACAAUCCAGAGAAAAGAAUAUAUUAAAAGAAAAUGUAUGAGAAGAUGUAUGAGUAAUGGAAGCUUACAAACUACAAAGACUAUAACUUAUGUUUCAGUUAUGUAAAGUAAAUGUUAUAUUUUUCCAAAAUGUACAAAAUAUUCUUUUGAAACUUAAAUGUGUUUAAACUUUUUAUUGAAAGCUUUUUAAUAAUUAUUGCAACUUUUAAAAAUGUUUAUCACAUUGAGAUAAUUUCAGUGUAUAGAUUCUUCUACUUUGUGUUACACUGAGAACAUUUAGAAUCUUAUUUGCUGUACUGCACUGUAUGAUUAUGUGCUCCAUUCUCAAGUAAGUUCAGUAUUUUAAAGAUAAUUAAAUGAGAAAUACUAUAAUUUUCAUAU